AUUCGGUAAAAAAUAAAAAUAGAAAUCAGCAGGCGAGAGGGAGGAAAGGAAAGCCAGGGGCUGGAGAGAUCACUGGCUCUCUCUCUCUAUCUCUUUUUUUCUUUGAAAAUUGACUAAAAAGCUUUUUUUUUUUCGAUCUUGCUUCUCUUUCUCUUUGAAUCUCCAAAUGGGUUUGUGGGAAGCUUUUCUCAAUUGGCUUCGCAGCCUAUUUUUCAAGCAGGAAAUGGAACUAUCUUUGAUAGGACUUCAGAACGCUGGAAAAACCUCAUUAGUGAAUGUUGUCGCAACUGGUGGAUAUAGUGAAGAUAUGAUCCCUACGGUUGGAUUCAACAUGAGGAAAGUGACAAAAGGAAAUGUUACAAUAAAGUUAUGGGAUCUUGGAGGUCAACCUAGGUUUCGCAGUAUGUGGGAGCGAUACUGUCGUGCAGUUUCUGCAAUUGUCUAUGUGGUGGAUGCUGCCGAUCCUGAUAACCUGAGCAUCUCAAGAAGUGAGCUUCAUGAUUUGCUGAGCAAGCCCUCACUUAAUGGCAUCCCUCUUUUGGUGCUAGGCAACAAGAUUGACAAGCCAGGAGCUCUGUCAAAACAGGCUUUGACUGAAGAAAUGGGACUCAAGUCAAUUACCGACAGAGAAGUUUGCUGCUACAUGAUAUCAUGCAAGAACUCAACCAACAUUGACUCAGUUAUUGAUUGGCUUAUAAAGCAUUCUAAAUCAACGAGCUGAAAAAUGGGCUUUCCUUUCUCUUUUUUUUUUUUUUUUGUGUGAAUCUUUUUGUGCUGAAUCUAUGUUUUAUAAUUCCAGUUCCUGCAGGGAUACAAUAUAUGUUGUUUGAGAAUUUCAAUUCAUGGUUUUAUAGUGAGAAU